CACAGGUAUAAUAACUAAUUUGUGGUUCUCGAUUUGAGCAAUGACAAAGUUCUCGAAAUUUAGUUUCAUGUUUGUCAAUUUUUACUAAUCGCAAUCAGCCAUUUUCGAUUUGCAAUAUCGGCUUUCGAGCACGGCCAGCGGUUUCCACGGCAAUUACCAAUGUAUAGCAAUCGUAGAGCCGUUUAUUAGGCUCGGAUUUCGUAAAAAGACGAACAAUCAUCUGAAAUGCUUAUGAAAAAAAUGUAAUAGAUCGAAAUUCGGGAACAUAAAUUUCGUGCAGAGAAGGCGAGCAAGAUGGUUUCUACAAGACAAAUGACAAUAGGAAACAAUGGUAAUGAAUCAACUCAAAUGCCCACUGAACAUGGACCAGCUAGAUUUACAAGGAACAGCACCAUUCAGACUAUUGGCACAGUGCAAUUAUCUAGACCAGUGCAAUCAACAUACCUUUUAGACCUGCCUGAAGAAAUCAUUGAAAAGAUUCUUAGUUAUUUACCUUACAAAAAUAUCUGCCAGUUGAGACUCGUAUGCCGUACUAUUGACAGAAUAUGUGGCCACAUCUUGAACUCGACUUUCUCGCGACUGCAGACGCAGAUGCUGCAACGCUUCCAGGACAUCAAGAGCAAGAUGCCGCGUCGCGAGAGCGCCAGGCGAAGUCAUCAUCUUGCUUGCGAGAGCGACAUUGUGGAAACGCUGCAUAUGCGGCUCACACUGUUGCAAAUGUCCUUUGGCAAGCACAUCGAACGACGGCAUUGCUACUUUUUCCCCGGCGAACUGCUCGAUGAGGUCUACAGGAUAUUACAUUAUAUCCGGGUCACGCCGAAGCUGGACUUGCCGUACAAGGUGACUGAUGAACUUUUCGAUUUGUCGACGAUGGCCAUGGAGUACUUUAAGGACAAGAUCGAGCCCAAUCUUCCCGAAAUUGCUUAUUUCAGUCCAGAGUUAUAUAAUUAUUCAGGUUCGAGCUCGAGCAAGUUCCUGCAUAUGGUCGAAUCGAACAUGGUGUCGGACAUAUCGAAGGAUAGCGCCGUUUCCGAUCACGACGUCAUCGAUCCGGAGGACGACGACCUGGUUGAUCCGAUACCACAGUCGAACAUGGUCCUUCGCAAGCGAAUCCGAAAGAUCAAGCAGGGCAUGAAAAAGUACAACAGCCAACUGAGCGAUCUCCGUCAAUCGCUUAGAUCGUGCAAACGGAAGACAGCGGAACAACAGCGACAGAUCACCGAACAGCAAAAGCAGUUGGCCGAUCAACAGAAGCAGACGCUGGAGUACGCGACCAGGCUGGACGAGUACGACAAGAAGAACGAGGAGAUUUCUCGCAAAUUUAGCACCCUGUUACAGGAGUUAAAUAAGUGCAAGACGGAGCUGCAAUACUGGCGAUGUAAAUCGCCCGCCGCCUCGUUUUGCACUUCGUGCGGUAACGCAAUCAAUCCCCAACCGGAGGAGCUACAAGCACUUUUGAAUCAGGGUAUUAACCCGGACGGGCUUGGCAUCGAAACGGCAGAUUUGAGCUCCGCUCCGAGUGUAAACGGAACUUGUCCACCAGGAUCGUCGGAGGAGCGGGUGGCGGCGUCGGCCGUCUCCGACACCCAAGCAGAGGCGGGCGCCGCCGCCACCACGAUUUCUCAGGCUGUGAGCGUCACACCUCUCACCGGUGCAGUUGACGCCGACCACAUAACGGCGUCCAGUACGCCGACCGCCUCAGCGGUAACUAAAAGUAAGGACUGCAAAGAAAUGGAUCUCUUACCCUCGGUAUCGCCAAUCUGCAUCAGAAAUAACAAAAGGAAAACGUCUAGCGACGAACAGAACACGGCUAGAGAGGAGGUGCAAUCAAAGAAAAAACGACGGCCCUCCAAGAUACGUAAAGUGAAGUCAAAGGUUUAGUUUUGUAAAUGGGUUGCUGUUACUGGCGUUGGAAAAACCAAAGGCGAAGCUACAAAAAUAUAUUGAAUUUUUUAUACAUAUACCUACCGACUUUUUAAUCACGUAUAUGGGCAUGUAUUUUGGGAUAUGCUUCAUAUAUUGUCAUAGUAAGUAGUACAGACUAAAAAAACUAGUGAGCUUGUUUCAACCAAUUUAUAUGGGCCUUAUGAGAUUCAGAAGCUUUAUUAGUUUUUUGUUGGUGGAUGUGUCGAAUUGUUGACGCACACUUACGUACGGAGGAGCUUGCCUAUUGAAUUUUAUUUACAUGUGAUAAUUUAAUAAAAGCAACAACGUUACUAUAUACUAUAAAAACUAUUAAUUGCAAAUAUAAUUUUAAUACUUUAAAAACCACUCCGCACCAUUAAUUACAAAUUAAGCGACAUAUCUCUGUAAAUAUGUGUAUAUAUUUCAAUGAAUUAUCAAAUGUCAGAAUCAAAACUAAUAGUUAACGAUUCUGUAAUAUAUUUAGUGCAACAUAUAUUUAAUUUAUUGUUUACAUUAAUUGCUUGAACCCAUAAAUUGAUUUGUAAUUAACUGAAAUGCUAUUCAUUUUUAGAAUUUUUAGAUAUAUUAUGAUAAUGCAUAUGCAUAUGGUAUAUUAGAAUAUAUUUACUAAAACGACAAUUUAUUAAUAUUGUUUUAAUAAUCAUUUGGAAUUAUAGUUUAUAUUAUAAUUAUAAAGAAUAUUGCUGCUAUGUAAAAUUUUUGUUAUACGCGUAGGACCAUAACUUAAGGGAGAAAACCUAAAUAUGAAGCAGGUUUUCAUAUUUUUUCAUAAAAAAAUAUUUCUUUAAAGUUUUAUUUAAAGAACUAAACUUCACCACAUGGUUUUGGAUUACUAUCUGAAAUAAGUAUACAUUUUUUUAAAUUUGUCUUCCUGUUACGCGUAAUUUUGCAAGCUUCGGAAUUUCAUAACGCGAAUAUUUUGAAAUAUGAGAAUCAUCCCUCUUAGAAUAAUAUUCUUUGUAUAUUUUGUCCAAUAAUUUCUAGAUGUAGUUAUAUUAUUGCACAGCAGUUUUAAGUUAACGCCUCCCACUGAGGUUGAGAGUACAAUAAUACUAAUCAGCUUUAAGAAAAAUACUGCAAUCUCUUCUCUGUUGUAUAUUCAUGUAUUAAGUGUCCAUAUUUUUCAAAGAACAUUAAUAGAUUUUUUGAGCAUAGACACCAGGAUAAAACUUAUAAUUUAAAGUGUUCUUGACUUACAAAAUGUUAAAACCAGGAUUUCUAAGUGUGGGAUCAAUAGUUAAUUUGGUGUGAAAUUAAUUCAGAGAGAUUUUAUAUCACUGUUGUUGAAAUCACUGUUAAUACCAUUAAAGGCAUAUAAUGGAAUGUUUCUAACUGAACUAUUGCUCUUGCACUUAGAUUUAGUUACUAUAGUUUAGGACACGAAUUCGUUCUACCCUUUUAUUUCUAAAAUUCACAUUUAAAUUGUAGUUUGUAAAAAUGUUAAAAUCAUCAGUGAUUGAUUGUAUUUAAAAUUUUUAUGAAAAGGUUUUAUUGAAUGACUGACUAAACCUCAAAAUUCUUUGAAUUAUAUAAAAAGCCUUAAUUACUUGCCUUACUAGGAAUAAAAGUAACAAUCAUUUUUACUUGUUUCUAUAUUUGUGUUAAUUUUGGAUUUAAAGAGGGUGGAACUUUAAUAUUUAAUUUAUAUUUAAGUAAUUUGACAAAUUUAGUAUAUAAAAAUUUAUUUUAUAAUUUAAGCGUUAAUUGUUAAUUUGUCAGUACUAUAGAAGAAAUUAAAAAUAUCAGAUGUAAAUUAUUAUAAUUAAUGGUGUAAUAUUACUGUGCUUUUAAAUAUCAUUUGCUUAAGAUAUAAACCAGAUUUAACUUACAAUUAGUUUUACCAUACCUCUACUGUUGUAUAAUAAUUAUGAAUGGAAGAUGAACAUAUUAAAAUUCAAAUCUUGAUAUUAUUUUCCCAGAGCUUAAUUUACAAUAUUUAAUCUUCAUGAUACUGUUGUUGUGUAACUCAUUUUGUCAUCGACAUGAAUGUAUAAAACGUACUUAUUUUUAUAGAGCCAACUAUUUGAUAAUUAGAAAUAAUGAUCAAAACAUGUUUUCAAAACGAGUUGCUGGGCUUCAGGUAAAUUAGAGUUGAUUUCAAAUAAAGUGACCUUUUGUUUAUUUUUAAUAAUUAGAUCCUAGGUGUAAUAGAUAAACACUAUUAAAAACAGAAGAAAAUAAAUUUUUGUCUAUUUUGAAAAAUUUCAAUAUAUGUACUACGUAUCCUAUAUUUUUCUUUACUUAAUAAAUUAUUUGUGUGACCUAA